GAGAAUGCCUGGAAGGACAAUGAAGAAGGGCCACUGAAUUGUCUGCCUCCUGGAGGGCCCUGAAGACCAAGGUGGAGCUCAAAUCCCGACCUGCCCACAGGGUCAUGUCUACCAGCCUGACCACUUGUGAGUGGAAGAAAGUCUUCUAUGAGAAGAUGGAGGUGGCGAAGCCUGCGGACAGCUGGGAGCUCAUCAUAGACCCCAAUCUCAAGCCCAAUGAGCUGGCCCCUGGCUGGAAGCAGUACCUGGAGCAGCAUGCCUCAGGCAGGUUCCACUGCUCCUGGUGCUGGCACACCUGGCAGUCGCCCCACGUGGUCAUCCUCUUCCACAUGCACCUGGACCGCGCCCAGCGAAUGGGCUCAGUGCGCAUGCGCGUCUUCAAGCAGCUCUGCUAUGAGUGCGGCAUGGCGCGGCAGGAGGAGUCCAGCAUGCUGGAGGAGAACAUCGAGAGCCUGGUGGACAACCUCAUCUCCAGCCUGCGCGAGCAGUGCUACGACGAGGACGGUGGCCAGUACCGCAUCCACGUGGCCAGCCGCCCGGACAGCGGGCCGCACCGCAGUGAGUUCUGCGAGGCCUGCCAGGAGGGCAUCGUGCACUGGAAGCCCAGCCAGAAGCUGCUGGAGGAGGAGGCGACCUACACCUCUGGUGCCUCUAAGCCCAUGCUCCAGGAGGGCUCAGGCUACAGCUUCUUCUCUCUCCGCUGGUGCCUCUUCUGGGCCUCUCUCUGCCUGCUCAUUGUCUACCUGCAGGUCUCCUUGCACGGCUCUGUCUUCCUUUAG